CUCGCUGGAGAGAAGAUGGUGGGCCAGAACAGCGCCAUCGCUGUUUUCAUCGGGUACUGCAAUUACUUCGACCGCAAGAGAUGGAGUGACCCCAACUUCAAGAACAGGGUGCGAGAACGAGGAAAGAAACAGAAGCUUGCCAAGGGGAGAGCUGGACUUUCCAAAUUACCUGACCUUAAAGAUGCUGAAGCCGUUCAGAAAUUCUUCCUCGAAGAAAUACAGCUCGGUGAAGAGUUACUAGCUCAAGGUGAAUACGAGAAGGGUGUGGACCAUCUGACAAAUGCAGUUGCUGUGUGUGGACAUCCACAGCAGUUACUGUAAGUAUUGCAGCAAACUCCACCACCAGUGUUCCAGAUGCUUCUGACUAAGCUCCCAACAAUUAGUCAGAGAAUUGUAAGUGCUCAGAGCUUGGCUGAAGAUGAUGUGGAAUGAGAAACAAAU